AAUGUAAUAAUUAAUAAAGUAUUCAAAAAUAUUUCGCUAGUUAAACUUUAAAAGUAUAAAAUUCUUUGAAAGUAAAUUAUAUGAUUGUCCUAGAAAAGCAACUAGAGAUAUAAAAGACGGAUCUACUAUACUUGUAGGAGGUUAUGGGCUUUGUGGAGUUCCUUAAAAUUUAAUCAAUGCUAUUAAAAUGAAUGGAACAACUGGACUAAUUGUCGUUUCAAAUAAUUGUGGUACAAAAGAUUAAGGUUUAGGAGUAUUAUUACACUAGCAUUAAAUUCGAAGAAUGAUAACAUCAUAAAUUGGAGACAAUUAAGAAUUCGAAAGAUAGUAUUUAAAGGGUGAAUUAGAAGUUGAAUUUGUUCCUUAAGGCACUCUGGCUGAAAAAUGUAGAGCUGCAGGACAUGGUAUCCCUGCUUUUUAUACUAAUGCCGGAUGCUAAACUAUGGUUGAAAUGGGAGGUGCAGUAAUUAAAUACAUGAAAGGAUCUAAAGAGUCUGAAAUCAUCUCAGAACCUAAAGAAAGAAGAAAUUUUCAUGGUAAAGACUAUAUAAUGGAAAAAUCAAUAAAAGGAGACUUUGCUUUAAUAAAAGCUUAAAAAGCAGACAAAUAUGGAAACCUUGUAUUUAAUAGGUCUUCAAGAAAUUUUAAUGUUGAUAUGGGGACUGCUGCAAACAUAGUAAUUGCAGAAGUAGAAGAAAUAGUUGAAAACGGAUAAAUUGAGCCAGAUUACGUUCAUCUUCCAGGAGUAUUCGUUAAUAGAAUAUUUAAGAGUGAAAAGCCUAUAAAUACAAUUUAAAAUUUAAUACUUCAUGAAGAAUAUGAAUUAACUUAAGUCGAUCAUUAAUUAAAAAUAUUAUAAAGAGCUGCAAAGGAAAUAAAACAUGGAAUGUUUGUGAAUUUUGGUUAUGGUUUACCAAUACAAACAAUAUAACAUGUUCCAAAAAAUAUUGAAUUUGAAGUACAUUCGGAAAAUGGAGUAAUGGGAGUAGGAAAAUAUCCUUCAUAAGGAGCUCAAAACGCUGAUUUAAUUAAUGCCAAUCAUGAAUCAAUAACUUUAAAUCCUGGUGCUAGUAUCUUUUCAAGUAGUUUAAGUUUCGGUAUGGCAAGAGGAGGUCAUUUGGAUUUAGUAAUACUUGAAGCCAUGUAAAUUAGUGAAAACGGAGAUCUUGCUAAUUGGAUUAUUCCUGGAAAAACUAUUCGGGGUAUGUCUGGAGAUAUGGAUCUUGCUAAUUCAGGAAGUAAAGUUAUUGCUUUAACUGAACAUGUGGCUUCUAAUGGUAGAUAAAAAUUAGUUUCUUUUUGUAAAUAUCCAUUAACUGCUAAAGGAGUUGUUGAUAUGAUUAUUACUGAUAAAGCAGUAUUCUAAAAAAUAAAUGGAAAGUUUGUUUUAACUGAAAUCGCUAAAGAAAGCAACUUGGAGGAUAUUAGGAAAAAUACUGGCUUCUAAUUUAAUGUUGAUUCAAAUGUUAGAAGCUUUUGA